AUGGGUAAUCUUCAAAAAGAGGGGGUUGAUUUUAAAGAAACGUUUGCUCCGGUUGCAAAGAUGACUACGGUACGGUCUCUUCUCGGAGUUGCUGUUGCAAAAGAGUGGGAGGUUCACCAAAUGGAUGUGCAUAAUGCCUUCCUUCAUGGUGAUCUCGAGGAAGAGGUUUACAUGCGGCUCCCUCCGGGUUUUCAAACCUCUGAUCCUAAUAAAGUGUGUUGUCUCCGCAAGUCUCUGUAUGGUCUUAAGCAAGCACCACGGUGUUGGUUCUCAAAACUGUCCACCGCUCUUCGUGCAUUUGGUUUUAAGCAAAGCUACCAGGACUAUUCUUUGUUCUCUUUGCUCCGUGGCUCGACGGUGAUUCACAUUCUGGUCUACGUUGAUGACUUCGUUAUUGUCGGAAAUAAUCUUGAAGCUAUUAAUCAUUUUAAGGUUCAGCUCAGCAAGUGCUUCCAUAUGAAAGAUCUUGGUAAGUUAAAAUAUUUUUUGGGUAUUGAGGUCUCUCGUGGCAAAGAUGGUUUCUGUUUAUCUCAACGAAAGUACACACUCGACAUCAUUCACGAGGCUGGUUUGUUAGGUGCUGCACCUGCUCCAACACCAAUGGAAGUUAAUCAUCAGCUUGGCUCGGUCAAGAGUCCGUUGUAUAAGGAUCCUGAACAGUAUCGUCGCUUGGUUGGUCGGUUCAUUUAUUUAACUAUCACGCGUCCGGAUUUGAGCUACCCGGUUCACAUUCUUUCUCAGUUCAUGAAGACUCCACUUGUUGCUCAUUGGGAAGCUGCGCUUCGUCUUGUUUGUUAUCUCAAGGGCACACCUGAUCAAGGCAUUCUUCUACGCUCCGAUAGUUCUUUGACUCUAACGGCUUAUUGCGACUCUGAUCUCUCUGCUUGUCCAUGCACUCGUCGCUCUUUGUCUGCUUAUGUUAUUUAUUUGGGUGACUCCCCCAUUUUUUGGAAGACUAAGAAACAGAAUACUGUAUCUAGUUCCUCUGCUAAAGCUGAAUACCGUGCCAUGGCUUACACACUUAAGGAGAUCAAGUGGUUAAAAGGUCUCAUGGAGGAUUUAGGUGUCGCACACACUACUCCGAUCUCUCUGCAUUGUGAUAGUCAAGCAGCCAUUCACAUUGCUGCUAAUCCUGUUUUUCACGAACGAACAAAGCAUAUCAAACGUGACUGUCAUCAAAUUCGUGACGCCGUGCAAGAUAAGUUGAUUUCUACGGUUCAUGUCUCCACUCACGACCAAGUUGCAGACCUCUUAAUCAAGGCGUUGCCUGCGCCUCAGUUUCAACGACUAAUGUCCACGUUAGGUGUUCGAGAUUUCGUCUCACCAACUUGA